AUGACGUCCAAAACGCUGAGCAUCCUCUGCUUUGGCGACUCCCUCACCUCCGGCUGGCACAGCUUCGGCAUGGAGUCCCAUCCAUACUCCAUCGCCUUCGCCGCCAGAGUCCAAGAAUCCCUUCCAGACACCAAGCUCGAGGUGCACACGAGUGGAGUUGCAGGAGAUGUUGCCACCUUCCAGAGAUUUCAACAGAGGCUAGAAGUCGAAUGCAACAAGCGCAACUACGACUGGGUCAUAAUACUAGGAGGCACAAACGACCUCGCUUACACUAUACAACCCAAAGCCAUGUACGAAUCCUUCCAGUCAAACUGGGACGUACCUCUCGUCAAAGGCAGCAAAGUCCUUGCCUUGACCAUUCCAGAGAGCGAGUCGAGGCCUGCGUGGAUUUUAGAGAAUAGAUCUGAGAUCAACUCAUUGAUACUGGAGCACAAGGAGCGUAACUUUUACUCAUUUGACCUUCACGCCAAGAUCCCCUUCCACUCUCUAUCAGAAGAAGACAAGGACAGAUACUGGGACGAUGGACUUCAUCUAACAGCCGACGGCUACGACUGGAUGGGCAAUCACAUAGCAACUGGCUUCUUGGCUGCACUCGCAUCAGCGAAAAGAACAGCUGCACGGCAGGCAGCAGCGUCUGGUUCCUCUAAGGGACUAACCAGGACAAACGAUAGUACCGUGUUUGAGGAAGAAAAUGGUAAUCCUAGCAGAUUAAGUGAGGGAUACGUCGUGGUUCGUAAGAAGGAUUUAUGGUAG